UCACCCGCCACACUUCAGCUGAACUCUUGAGCCACCUUUCAAAUUCCAAUGUCGGUCUAAUAAGCGGUCUGUCGGCGUCGGUUCACAAAAGUUCGUCGCUUUUCGUUCGUUUACUUGUCUUUUUGUUGUGCGCGGGUCGCGCAUAGCCCUUCCUCCAGCCCAGCCUCGCGAAUGGCCCCCGCCCGCUCGAUGACGGGGGAUACGGUUGUGAAUGAGACGGAGAAGGGACCGCAAUCGCCAGCGUCGCCGACGUGUACGGAUGAUACGCUAAGAGGGGAUGCUAUCAUUGAGAUUGGGGAAGAGGAUAGCUCGACUUCGCGUUCGUCGUCCUUGGACGUGGGUUCGGUGAACGAAGCGCCUGCACAGCCUCACAACGAAAAGAAACGGUCUAAUCCUCUGCGACGAAUAACGAAUUCCUUCAAAUCCGAACCAGACCCUCAGGCUGUCGCCGAGACCAACACCCGGAAACUCGAAAACACGCCCAAUGGCUUCCCUCGUCUUGCAGCCUUUCAGUCCAGCGAAGCAAACUUCUCUCUGUACCGAUCAUUCAGCUACCUCCACUCCCGCGUGCUGCUCGAUCUACAAGACGAGAUCACGACGCUAGAGAAGGAGCUCGAUGAGAUCGACUGGGACGACUUCGACGACGAACCGGACCGUCUACGGUCACGGGACAUCGACGUCGCGAAAGCAUCUCAAGAUGGUAAUGCUCGCAACCGGAGAGUCAUUCUCCGCGAAAUCAAGGAUAAGUUAAUGGAAUACGACGAAGUAUUGAUCAAGGCACGGACGCUCGAGUCCUUCCAAAAGCCAUCUGAUCGCAAUUACCGCAGCGUCCGCCGCUACCACCACAACACCAAGCCGCUCAUGGACGCCGAAAUGGACUCGAUCCGCAGCAAAGAAGACACCGUCUCUCUGCGCAACGGGCGCGAAUGGGCGUCCUUCGACGGUGGCGUGGAGACUAUUAUCGGGCAAAUCGAUCGGUUCCUCAAGUGGUUCUUCCGACUCAAGACUCCACCGCUACAGAAAUACUUCCGCACCCCCGAACUCCGCGAAAAGACCUCAAACACCUACAUCUCCUUCUACAGCAGCACGCGCAUCGACAAACUCGUCAACAUCCUCAUCACCCUCAUCAUCUUCAUCCUGCUCGUAAUCCCCGUCGUCACAAUGUACCAGCUGACUUCCACCUCUACCCACGAAUCCUCCUCUACCAACGCCACCUCUUCAGACUCGGCGGACUUCGUCAACACCAGGGAUACGCUCAAUGCCGUUGGCGUCCUGAUCGUGUUCACGCUGCUGUUCAGCGCCGCCAUGAGCCUGCUGACGCGGGCGGCGCGGCACGAGCUUUUUGCUGCGAGCGCGGCGUAUUGCGCCAUUUUGGUGGUGUUUAUUGGGAAUUUUACUGGGCCGGGGGAUUAAUUAAUGU